AUGCAUUCCCCACCGGUUAACUGUCAUUUGUCGGUGCUGCUCCGUACUGUAGUUUUGCUGACAGUUCCGGUUGCUUUCGGUCAAUCCAACCUAACCGUACCGCAACCGUUUAAUGUGUCCGGCCAGCUAAAUCACACCCUGCCCAGCAAUAGUUUACCACCGCUCGCAACCGUCGCACCACAAUGGAACCCGAUCCCACACUACCAGCAUGCACAUUACGAUCCGCUGGGGAAGGUGUUGUGGUUUCCACGCAUCAUUGGUGGUGCGCUGGCAACGGCCGGAGAGUUCCCGGCCAUGGUAUCACUGCAGCAGGUGCAGAAUUCGGCCCACGUUUGCGGCGGUACUCUUAUCACGAUGAGCCACGUGCUGACCGCUGCCCAUUGCGUUACGGACGUUCGUGGUGUCGCUCAAUCGGCCGCACGGUAUCAAGUAAUGGGUGACGAUCUUUACAUCCUGCAGCAUAUGGGCAGUCCAACGCGUCAGGUGCGUCGCGUUGCCUCGAUCAACAUCCAUCCGAGGUACGAUUCGGCCAUCUUCUCUAACGACAUUGCGAUCGUGCGGGUAGUGUCGGAGUUCCGCAAGUCGGACACGUUUUUCCCGGGCAAGCGCAUCCAGAAGACGCCAAUACUCGGUGACCGGUGCAGUCUGGCCGGGUGGGGCGUUACGGACGAACGUUCGACAACGAUGAGUCCAAACCUGCAGCGCAUCAACGUGGUUAUCAGCGACUUUGGGUCGUGUAACGCCGUGUUCGACCAGCAGCUCACCAAGGGUAUGCUGUGUGCGGAAGCGCCUGGCCGAGACGCCUGCCAAGGUGAUUCCGGCGGUGCACUGCUGUGUGCUGGAGGGCGUGUAGCUGGCAUUGUAAGCUUCGGCGAUGGGUGUGCCAAACCGAACGUACCGGGCGUGUACGUCGACGUUGCGUACUACGAGAAAUGGAUCAAUGGAGUGCUGAAAAAUGGAGGCGAACGUUCGGUCGGGUAUCUAGCGGUUAUGAUCAUGUGUUACUGGGCUGUAAAGCACCUGUUGCGGUAG